CACAAGCCAACCACAACCACAAACAACAACAUCAAAACAACCACCAAAGAUGAACACAAGCUCACAACAAUAAUCUCAAACUUUAUCAUCAUCAUCAUCAUCUUUGUUACAGACAUUCACAUUUCUUGUUUUCAGAAAAAUAAUACAGUUCACAGGAAUAUGCAAACAUUCUGAUUGUCAGAAAAAAGUGAAAGAGAUGAAGAUCCAGUGUGAUGCUUGUGAGAAGUCCCCGGCGACAGUUAUUUGCUGCGCUGAUGAGGCGGCUCUCUGCGCAAGCUGCGAUGUGGAGAUUCAUGCGGCAAACAAGCUUGCAAGCAAGCACCAGAGACUUCUUCUUCAGUGUCUCUCAAACAAGCUCCCACGUUGUGAUAUCUGUCAAGAGAAGCCGGCCUUCAUCUUCUGUGUGGAGGACAGAGCCCUUUUCUGCCGUGAAUGUGAUGAGCCCAUUCAUGUAGCUGGUAGCCUCUCCGGAAAUCACCAACGCUUCCUGGCAACUGGUAUUCGUGUGGCACUGAGCUCCGGAUGCAACAAUGAUAUCAACAAAGAAUGCUUUGAGCCACCAAACCGUCAUGCUCCACUCCAAGCUCCAAACAAUCUCUCCACACAACAAACACCUUCAGCAUUCACUCAAUCUGCAUGGGCAGUUGACGAGUUCCUGCAGCUUUCUGAUUAUGAAUCUGCAGACAAGAAAGAGACCCCGGCAGGGAUUGGAGAACUGGAAUGGUCAGACAUAGGGCUUUUUCAAGGGCAAGGACACAAAGGGAUGUUAUCAGCAGCUGAAGUUCCAGAACUUGUCAUCCCUCAAGCAAGCAAUGCACCAUCCUACAGACCAACCAAAUCUAACAUGCCCCUUAAGAAGCUGAGAAUUGAGCUUUCAGAUGAUGAAGAGUACUUUACUGUCCCUGAUCUUGGAUAGAGGCAAUACAAGUGUGUCCUAUAUAAGCCACAGUUAUGUCAUGAACAUGCUAUAUGCAUGGAGGCUGAUACAUAUCCAAACUUAUGUGUCUGUUCAGACUUCAUGGUUCUACCUCUAGUUGACAUGCUAUAUUUUAAGGUUUUGGUAACUCACCUAGGUUUGGAAAGAUUGGAUGACUAUAUAAUUUUUCCGAUCAUGCAUUUGUAUAAUCAUCAUAGAAAGAUCUUAUUCAAUGCUUA